GACCGCAGUGGCGCGCCCGGGGCACGCUGGGAACGGGGGAGGGUGGUGCCGCGGCCCGGCCUGACCCGGAAGCGCUGGCCUGUGGUAACCCCAGCUUCCCUAGCAACCGAGCGGGCGCGCGUCCUCCCCAGCUUCUCCGGACGCCUCCCGGGAUGCCCCUGCAGGUUAGCGACUACAGCUGGCAGCAGACGAGGACUGCGGUCUUCAUCUCUGUGCCCCUCAGAGGCGUCAGCGUGAGGGACGCGGACGUGUUCUGCACGGAAAACUAUCUGAAGGUGAACUGUCCUCCAUUUUUAUUUGAGGUGUUUCUCUAUGCUCCCAUAGACGAUGAGAGCAGCAAAGCCAAGAUUGGAAAUGACACUAUUGUUUUCACUUUACACAAAAAAGAAGCGGCCAUGUGGGAGACCCUUUCUCUGUCAGGUGUUGACAAAGAGAUGAUGCAAAGAAUAAGGGAGAAAUCUAUCCUACAAGCACAAGAAAGCGCAAAAGAAGCUAUGGAAGCAAAAGCUUCGGCAAGGCGGGAAGAUCAAAAAUAUACACUAAAUGUCAUGAUGAAGAUUGAAGAAGAAGAGAGGAAAAGAAUAGAAGAUAUGAAAGAAAAUGAACGGAUAAAAGCAACUAAAGAAUUGGAAACCUGGAAAGAACAUCAAAGAAAAGCUGAAGAACAUAAAAUAGUUCAGAGAGAAGAAAAAUUAUAUCAACAAGAAAAGCAAAGUGAAGAAGAGAGAAAAAAAUUAAAACAUAAAGGUCUUACUAGGAAUUCAGUAUCUAGAAAUCUUGCCACAAAAGGGAGAAAUUCAGAAAUUAUAUUUUUUGAGAAGUUAAAGGAAGACAGUAUUCCUGCUCCUCGCUCUGUCGGCAGUAUUAAAAUCAACUUUACCCCUCGAGUAUUCCCAACUGCUCUCCGGGAAUCACAGGUAGCAGCAGAAGAGGAGUGGCUACAUAAACAAGCAGAGGCACGAAGAGCAAUGAAUACUGACAUUCCUGAACUUUGUGAUUUAAAAGAAGAGGAAAAGAACCCAGAAUGGUUGAAGGACAAAGGAAACAAAUUGUUUGCAACAGAAAACUAUUUGGCAGCUAUUAAUGCGUACAACUUAGCCAUAAGACUAAAUAAUAAGAUUCCACUACUGUAUUUGAAUCGGGCUGCUUGCCAUCUAAAACUGAAAAACUUACACAAGGCCAUAGAAGAUUCUUCUAAGGCACUAGAAUUAUUGACACCACCUGUUGCAGACAAUGCUAAUGCAAGAAUGAAGGCACACAUACGACGUGGAACAGCAUUCUGUCAACUAGAAUUGUAUGUAGAAGGCCUACAGGAUUAUGAAGCUGCCCUUAAGAUUGAUCCAUCCAACAAAAUUGUACAAAAUGAUGCUGAGAAGAUUCGGAAUAUAAUUCAAGGAACAGAACUAAAAUCUUAAUGACUACUAGAAGCAACUAGGUAUUGUACUAGGUAUUGUUCUAAGUUUUACAAAAAUAACUGGAGGCAUUAGGAAUCUGUGCAUAUUAUGGCUGAUUAUACAGAAUCACUUUCUCUUUAGUUCUGUACAGGGAAGAAUAUUAUAAAUCUGUAGAAAAUGAAAUGUUUGAUUUCAGUGGUUUUUGAAUAAGUAAAAGUAAGAAUAAUCUAUUUUAAUUAUUUGUUUCAUAUUA